AUGGUCAAGGCUGUUGUUCUCGGAGCCUCUGGCGGCAUUGGCCAGCCUCUCUCACUUCUGCUGAAGGCCUCCCCUUUGGUGGAUGAGCUUGCCCUGUAUGAUGUGGUCAACACCCCUGGUGUGACGGCGGAUUUGUCUCACAUUUCCUCAGUGGCCAAAAUCACCGGCUACCUCCCUAAGGAUGAUGGCUUGAAACACGCCUUGACCGGCGCCGAUAUUGUCGUCAUUCCCGCCGGCAUUCCUCGCAAGCCCGGAAUGACCCGUGAUGACCUGUUCAAGAUCAAUGCCGGAAUUGUCCGUGACCUGGUCAAGGGAAUUGCCGAGUUCUGCCCCAAUGCCUUCACCCUGGUCAUCUCCAAUCCGGUUAACUCCACCGUUCCUAUCGCCGCCGAGGUACUCAAGGCGGCCGGUGUUUUCAACCCCCAGCGCCUCUUUGGUGUGACCACCCUCGACGUUGUCCGUGCCGAGACCUUCACCCAGGAGUUCUCUGGUCUCCAGGACCCCUCCAAGGCGACCGUCCCUGUAAUUGGCGGUCACUCCGGUGGCACCAUCGUCCCCCUGUUCAGCAAGGUCUCGCCCAAGUUUGAGAUCCCCGCUGACCGUUAUGAUGCCCUCGUUAACCGCGUUCAAUUUGGUGGCGAUGAGGUUGUCAAGGCCAAGGACGGUGCUGGUUCCGCUACCCUGUCUAUGGCAUUUGCCGGUUUCCGAUUCGCCGAGGCAGUGAUCAAGGCCGCCAAGGGUGAGAAGGGCGUUGUGGAGCCUACUUUUGUCUACCUGCCCGGUGUCCCCGGUGGCGAGGAGAUUGCCAAGGCAACCGGUGUCGACUUUUUCUCUACCCCCGUGGAGCUUGGUCCCAACGGCGCUGAGAAGGCCACCAGCCUCUUGGGUGGUCUGACCGAGAAGGAGCAGACGCUCCUCGAGGCUUGCAUCAAAGACCUGAAGGCCAACAUUGAAAAGGGCGUUGAGUUUGUCAAGAGCCCCCCGCCAAAGUAA